AUGUAUUUCCUUCCCAUACUCCCCCUGCUAGCUCUAACAACAGCAACUCCCCUCCACCCACAUCCCCAGCAACCCAAAUCCAAUAUCAAAUGCCCCAUCAUCUUCGACGGUCGAAUCUCCUCCAACCUAACCCUCCAAUCCUUUGAUACAGCCGAAGGCUUCACACCCUACAACCCCGACUUCGUCAAAGGCGAGAAUCGCACCUGGUCCUCCAUCCUUCUCUUCCCUUCACCCAAAACAGCCCCUCAAUCCCGCUUCGACAACCCUCGUCAACAUAAACCCCUCGAAGUGACCAUUGACGAUGGCUCUUUAUUCCGCGCAGGCGCGAACCUACAAACUGGUUUCCGCCGCGCAGGUCUCUUGCUGAAAGAGGAUCAGAACGAUGCUGGCGCCGACGCUUCGGACAAGGGCGUCGUAACAUUUCAUUGGAGUGUGAGACAAGACUCACACAGACCGUUGAACUUGAGUCACGAGUACAUGAACGUGUGGCAUGAGAAGGCCGAUUAUUCUGGAAAUCAGUUCAUGUUUGUAGGUGGUGUUGUGCUAGUUGGUGACGGCGGCACGGGAGUGGAUACGAAGAAAGAGAGGGAGAAUUGGAAAAUCCAGAAUGCGAAGAAUGACUUUGUGUUUACGACGCGCAUUCUCAAGGGAGAGUGGCAGAAUUUUGGGGUGCAGUUGGACAAUGUGAAAAACACGAUCAAGGUAUAUUACUCUACAGGCGACAAGCCAUUGAAAGCGGUCACCAAAGCUUUGCCGAACGACAAUUCUGGAGGCGGGCAAUUGCAAAUUGGUAUUGCGAAGAAGCCUACGGAGACUGAAACGGUGGUGUUUGAUGGGUAUCAAGAGCACAUACCACUGCGCGGUGAAGGUCAGAUUUAUGGAGGCAUUUUCGUAGAAGAUAGCUCGGGUGGGUGCGUUAGUGUAUGA